AUGGCAGGACAAGAGAACGAGAAGACGGUCACGGGCGAGAGAACGGGCAACACGAGCCCCGCCCACCCCCCACCAACCCCCUUCCUCGCCCCCCUCCGCCGCGUCGCCUCCGCCCUCGCCUCCCCCUUCAUCUCCACCACAGACGCCAAGAAGCCCAAGCCCGCCCAGCCGAGCCACUGGAACGACGCUUCGCACCUCCCCGCUCUACUGAAAGUCUGGGACGCCGUGAAGAAGGAAGGGAAGACCAAAGACGAGAAAGUAGCGAUGGAUGAGACGGAGAAGAGGUUUUUGCCGGAGUAUGGGGAGUUGGGGUAUGGGGACGUUGUGAUGGGGAGGGAGUGGGUGGAGUAUGUGCUGAAAGAGGGAGGGAAGGGGUUAAGCGGUGGGAAGGGGAAGGGGAUGAGUAGGACUGAGAUGCUUGCUGUAGGGGCUGGAGAUAGGAUGAACUGGGGGCCGUACUAG